UCACGCUGUGCACGUUCGCAGCCUGUCGUCGAAACGCGGAAGAGACGAAGGAGGAAAAGAGCCUCCACGUCACAGAGGUGUAAUAUCGGCGUCAGUGCAACACAAGGUGCUACCUCAGUGCAAUUCCAGGACCAUUGUAUACUUCCAGAUUCCUCCAUGUAGGCUAUGGUAACUCGUGUGAGCACAAAGCGAAGAUUUAUCCAGCUGCUCGGCGUCGGUAGAGACUCUGCUGGGACUCUGCGCAAGAGUGCCCCACUUCCACUGCUUCUCGAUGGGUGAAUCAGGCUCACGUCGGUCCACACUUGUGUCCCGCCUGCCAAUCUUCCGCCGCAGCAGCAGUAAGAGGCAGGACUCCCUCCCCUCCUCUCCCUCUUCAGGUGGACAGGGCAAUGGCGUCCACACCUCCUCACCUUCCAGCACCAACUCCAGUUCAGGCAGCACGGGGAAACGCCGCAGCUUUUUCAGAACUCCAUCCCUCAAUUUAUCAGCUAAACGGAAUAGUGAUCCACGUGUCAAGCCUAUCAACCUAAACCUCACCCCCCCGCUGACACAGAGCACUGACGCAAAUGGAAAUAACCAGCAGAUUUCAACGUCAUCGUCAACGGGGUUCAGUGAAGGUGGUGGACGCCCAAAGUCACGCCACUCCUUUGGAUUCGGCAGCCACAAGCAAAAGAAGAUCUCCCGCUCUCAGACGGAGGAUUUUGAAAAAGCGUCCUCUUCUUCCUCCUCCACAGCCAAUCGAAAUGUCUUUACAAACUGUAUCAGUGGCUCAGGGGCCAAUGAGGGUGACGACUCCGGGUUCCUGGAUGACUACAGUGGAGGUAGUAAUAGCAAACGGUCGUCACGGAAGAAAACGCUACUGCCCAAAUCUUUCUCCGCUCACCACCGCUUCUCCCGGACCUCCGACCACCACAGACCUCCAGAAGUGAAUCUGGAACCUCCGAGCUCCACCACCAUCACUCCGGGGGCCGGGGGCCUCACCCCGGGCUCAUGGCCAGGGGAGCUUGGUGCCGGUGGGGAAAGCUCACUCCAGUCCCCUAUGAUAUCAGAGGACCGAACCACAGCCAUCACCCCUUCAGAGUUCAUCCCCAUCACGGAGGAUUCUGUGUCUGAGGUGGAUGCUCUGCCAGCUCCCAGCCCCGGAACCCCUGUAGCCCCUCCUGCCUCUGAGCCCGGGUCAGAUGUCUACCCAGCUCCACCUGAAUCCCCACCUGAAUCCCCCCCUGCUCCAGAGAACUUCAGCUUGGUUGUUUCUUCAUCCCAGGUCUUCUUCACUCCAGCCCAGUCCAGCACUGAAAAACCUUUACUCCCGGACACCAGCACAGCAAACAACACAGACUAUGAGACUGCCAUUUCCCUCUCAGAGCCGGAGACAGCUGUACCCUGCCUACCUCUGCGGGAACAAUCACUGGAAGAGAGAAGGGAGAGGGAGGAAGAGAGAAAGGAAGUGAGGGAUGAGUUGUCAGCAGUGGAGAGGAAGGAGUUAGUGGAGAAGAGGAAGGCAGGUUACCAAACAGAGACCACCAGCGAGAGCGAGGCAUGUGUGGUAUUCAGCGAGGGGUGCCACUCUAACCCAGAGCAAUCGGAAAGGAAGGCAAGAAGAACGCGCUCCAUUCAAGAAAGAGGAAGCUUCUGUGGCUGCCACGAGCCAAGGUCCUCUCAUUUGAGGAAACCACAUGCAGCGUCUCUGUGCAGCAGUGUCAGCCCCUAUCAUGAGGUGAUGCGGAUGGAAAGGCGUCUUCGCUCCUCAUCUGAGGGGGCUGGUGGGCCUCGUAUCCAUGGAAACCACAAGGAUGCCCCGGGCAUGGAGGGAUGUGGCCUCCUCAAACACAGAAACAACUCCUCAUCCUCCAAACUGGGCAGUCUGGAUGUUUUGAACUACCUGGGUUCGUCAGAGCUUGAUGAAGAUGAUCUUAUGUUGGACCUGGACCUUUCUGAUGACCAGCGACAUCGACAUGUGUCCAGAGAAGACUCCAGUCAGUCCCUGGCUUCCUGCCUCAACCUGCUCCCCUCCCCCCUCGACCCAUCAGGAGAUCGCAUCCCAGGGAAAGAAAUCAAUCAGAGGGAGCCCUGCCGUCCGACAAGCCUGCUGCCUGCUGAUUGGAGCUCUGGGCUGGGUUUGGGAAGGGAAGAUGAGCCAUUACCUCCAGGUCUGGAGACCCUUCCUCUCCGACUGAUGCAGCAGGACUGCACUUCUGUCAAAACCCUGCUUUUGAGACUGAGACGGACACUGCAGGAGAGCACUGAGACAAGUCCUGCAAGCAGCCUCCAGUCUCUACCCAUAAGCCCUUGCAGUGAAAAGUCCCUUCCAUUUAAGGAUCCCAGCAGAGAAGGGGCCUUGUUGCAACAACUGAGAGAGAAAGAUGAACUGAUCCUCAGACUCCACAGUGAAUUGGAGAGUGCCAAAGCUGCCCUGAAGAUGAAAGACUGCCAAAUGACUGACCACGCAACACAGACGGAACACAUGGGGCCAGAGAUCAGUCAUCCAGGGCGGUGGUCAGGACUCGGCAGCAGCCUGGCUUCAAGGGACCGAAGGGUAGUGCGGGGUGUGGGGGCAGCACUCGGAGGGGACCUCUGUAAUCAGCACCCCCCCCCUUACUAUCCAUCUCUGCACAGCCGCCCUCCUGCUUCAGAGCGACACACUGCCUGGGAGGAGCGCCAUUGCCAGGGGAUCUUGGCACAAUCCGCAGCCCGUAACCCUGCUACCAAUCUGGCUCCAGGCUCCUCCUACUUCUCCUGCACCACUUCUGCAGCGUCAGCCCAAGCUUCACUCACUACUCCAGCUCAACUCCAAGCUUCACAUCCGGGCCUGAGUCCAAAUCAAUGCCCAGGCUCCAGCUUAGCGGCUGCUAAUCACACCGCAAUUCCAUCUCUGUCCUCCAAGCAGCCAGAGGGGGUGUCCUCCUCUUCAGAGUCCUUAACUCUUGGAGGUGGAGUGAGUCUGUCAGGUGGGGCUAGGAAAGGGGGAGGAGAGCACCACCCCACUAGCCAUAUCCCUCGUGCAGCCGGGUCCAGCGCGUCCUCAAGCCUCCACAGUCUUGUAAGCAGAGGGAGCCCCUCCCCGAGCAUCUCAUCCUCCAUCCAGGCCUCCCCUCCACCUUCUACUCCUUCCCCAGCAUCCUCUUCUUCCUCCUCCUCUUCCUCCUCCUCCAUGUUUACGGGUCGUUUAGGGCAACCUCCGAGAGGCCCUCUGUCUCUGCACAGCUACAGCCGUAAAAAUGUCUUCCUCCAACAUUCCCUACAGACUGCCGAACUGCAAGCUCUGACGCAGAGAGACAGUUGAGGGCACAAAAACAUUUACACCAUCCAUAUUGACUUUAGUGACAAAAUGUGUGUCUUUAGAGAAAAACUGCUGCUCCUUUGGUACCAGUUUGCUUGCGUUUCACUGUCCCAAUUCCCCCUGAAUCAUCUUCCACAUGCGCUUACAAUCAUGCUUGUAUCACAAUCCAGAAUUACCCUUUGCUGCCAUUUUGUUCUCGGAUCAGGCUGUGAGUUUGUAAAAAAAGGCACUCACCUGUCUAUCAAAACACCCACGUUGUGUCAUUCCAACAGUUUAGAUGUGCUUACGCCCACUGACACACAAAGUGCAGAGAGACGCACCACUUCUUAUUCAUGCACUUAGACACAGAUGUAGUCUCACACACACUUAGAAAUACACACACACAGACAUCAUUUGUGAAAUAUUUGCCUCAUAAACUGCAGAUAUAACAGGGUGUUAAAACUAAGUGCAAAGAUGAGGUUCGUUUUUGUGUUUUUAAAGAUUUGUUGUUAUCCUUUUAUUUGAUGAUUUUUUUUAUUCAAAAGUUGAACCAUGUGCUGCUUAAUGAAUGAUGUGACAGGUCAUAAUUUGCCCUGUUAAGAUUAUACUCUCACAUUGCCAAAUCCUUUAUCCAAUCAACUUCUCAUUUUCCUGGAUGUCAGCUGAUGGAGGUCCAGAAGAAAAUACAUGUUUAGAUGAUCAUCCAAAUCCAUGACCCUGAUACUGCAUGCUUUUUAAACUGUAAGGAGAUUACAGGUGAGCAUUUUGUACUGCAACACAAGAGGGGUGACUUUUAAAGUCUUUUAAUAACGUUUAAUUAUCAACUCUCUACUCAGUGUUUCAAUAAGGGAAUCAAUCAUGCCGAAACUUAUUAAACAGGAGUGUUUUGAGAGGUAAAUGUUUGAUGCAUUAAUAACACAUUAGAAGUACUUUUGGCUUAAUACUAGACCACUGUUUUUAUAGAAUCACAAUGUCGCAAAAUAUGUCACAUUAUAUACAGGAGUCAAUGUGUAUCUGCAAUGUUAGAUUAGUACAGUACUGACAUGUAAAGCUUCCUUUUAAUAUUAGAUAGCAGCCAUGUGAAUCAUUUGGCACUUAUAAUGACAAAAUAACACUGAGUAGCACAAAGUAAUUAGCACUACGGAACAUUAUCUAACAAAAUAAAAACACUUCAGGCAAUGAAAUGGAGCAAGAUUUGGCACAACCAGCAUUAUGAAUAUUUUGUAAGGUUUUGUAAUGAAGCCAGUCAAUUCUUCAUCAGGGCUUGGUAUUGGCCAGGGCUACCAACUGGUGCUUUGCUAAAUGACAGAAUCAAUAUUCAUUUUUAGAAUAAAAAAUGAAUAAGGUUUCAAAUAAUGGCAUUACAGUGAGCUGACAUCCUGUAUACAGAGGCAAGUGAAGGAACACAUACAGCACAGAAAGUUAUUUACUUGAUCAAAUAAUGAAAGAAAUAAUCAGAUUUGACAAACUAUACCUUUUAAAAAAGCAUCAACGCUGGGUUCCUGGCUGAUACCCAGUUCUUAUACCAGCCCUCUAUUAUCUUCCUGGUCUCAGAUGUGUUAUUUGGAAAACUGACCUAACACAUAGCAUUUGGUAUAAUAAGGCAGAUCCCUAUGUUAUUUUUGGACAGUAUGACUCAUGCCUUUGAAUAAGAUUUACAUAUAUUAUAACUGCCAUGACCUGCUGAGUCGUAUCAUUAUUUACAAUUUGGGAGCAUGUGUCAACUUCAGAAAUAACAAAACCACCUUCUUUUUAAAUGUGAACAACUGGGCAGCAAAACAACCUCUUCACUCUGCAACUGUUGAAUAUAUUUCCUCUGCCGAGUAAACUGUCCAACAGCCCUUUUUUCCCCGUAUACGUUUUGGGGUAAACAAAUCUUCUAAUGUCCACCGGGAGCCGGGAGGCUGCAAUGCUGCUAAGUACAGGCCAGGAGUUCAGAAAAUGUUAGACUUUAUAGAAGUUGUUGCCCUUGCCUGUCUCUAAACAGCAGCUGGCUGAAGGGAGGCUGUAUAAAUGGUGUGUAUGUGUGUGUGUUGUAAUGCACACCUCAUGAGGCAAGGACCUGAUCGAGGUGAAGAAAAGCCCAAAUGAAGACAGCUCUGCUCCCACUGGUGGAAACUACUACUCUCCCUCUGGUCUGCUUCACUUGCAAACUAUUCCCUCCCUUUUGUAUUCUGUCUCUUCUAUUUCUGUCUUUAUUUCUUCCAUUUCUUAUUCCCCUUCAACAUCUCCCUAUACAUUUCUCUUGUUCUCCCCAGCACCCCAGUCUACUGCAUGCAAACUCCUUUUGUUUCUGUUCUCUUACUAAAUCGGUUAUCUUCCUCUCCCCACUAUCAUGUCCCAGGUCUCUCCUUCCCUCCUUCUCUUUCCCCUGCGUAGUGUACUAACCCAGGGCUUGUAUUGUUAUACAGUGUAUCUGUACAACACAACACUGUGCGGUGGCUCUCAGUCCUGGGCAUUGGGGCCUGAUUUUCAUUCCAGCUGUCUAAUCAGGGAGUCAUUUUACACCGGGUGAUUGCAAUUAACUGCCUGGUAGUGUAGACGGCCAGCAGUAAUGUGGCUCCAGAGGACUUGUACUGGGAGGCGCAGCUGUAAUGGGGAACUAAACAUUCCCUGCUUGGCUUGUUUACAUGUGGAGGAUGACGAUGCUGUGUUGCUGGCUGACCUCUUAAGAAAUACUAUUUACAUCCCUCGUCAAUGCGUGCAUCAUAAUGCUGUUGACACUGUGAAAUGUCAUAGGGGGUUGUUUGGCUCUGUUUGCACUGCCCACUCAAAUUAUAAUUAAAUGUUGUUAUUUUUCCAUGUGUUUCCAACAGCUUUGCUCAAUUUAGCUGUGUUCAUAUUGGGAAUCCAUCAAAUGUAUGAUGAUAAUGAGACUUAUCUGAGAUGGCAGUUCACAUGUGUCACUGAGGUUUUAUUAAGACAACAAUGCCUGUGUUAAUGUAAGAAUGAACUCAUAUUGAACUUCACCGCGUGGGAACUAGGGUCUACAAUCAUGAAAUGGGGCACCUCACAGACCUCAAUUCUUCCUCUCACUUAGCAGCAUGUUGUGCAUUUAAAAACCUACAUUUUAUUUUUUGGGAAGUUAUUUAUUGUUUUUUGCCUUACUUGUAUUUAUUGCCAUAGAAUCAGUUUCCUUCUUGGCACUAACAGAUUUAAAAGUGGUCAUGAAAUGACAAUUAUAAUAAUCAUGAUGUUAUUAUAAUUUUAAUGAAUCACAUAUAUACUACUGUCCUAGCUUUUUACAUGCUUACUGUAAUUACGUUUAUUUUUUCUUUACACCUUGCUGUAAUAAUGAAAUUGAACUGUAAAAUUGUACAUAAUUAUUAUAACUGUUAAUGUUCAAUGUUCAUCAACACAAACGUUUCGUGCUAAAUGACACGUAAGAAUAGUGUCCACAUACAGUACACUGUUUGUUGCCACAUAACAGCCUGAAAUAAAAAAAAGAGAAUUUGCUUUUGUUGAAUAAUGUCAAAUGCAGUCAGAAUUCUGAGCUCUUACCAAAGUGCUUCUGGCAAUAAUUAAUAAUCAGAAUCUUAUCAAAUUAAUAUAUUUAAUUGUAAACUUAGACCCCAUGCUCAAUUUUCCAUGUACAGGCCAGUUGAUUCCUUCCUAGGUGUUGGGUCGCUGGUUUACCUUUUACCCUCUUUGAAAAAAACCCAGCCUUUGCAUUAUGACUAUUGUUGCUUCAGGUUUCUUUGAAAGAACAUGACUUUGCAAACGUUUGUCUAACUGUGUCAGAAAAGUUGAUGAUCUAUUAAAGCUGCUUUUUCAGUUCAGGCUGAAGUUGUGCGUUUAAGUAUAUAAAACUGUUGGGUAGAUUCAUACUGUAAUCCUCUGACCGACUAGCCCAUAAAUGCUUUUGGGGUAAUCCAGGAAUCGAAAGGUCUGUCUUCAUAUAGCAGAUUUGUUUCACUUUACAGAUUCCUGAUGAGCAGUUUGUGUAGAAUUGUUUGACGGGGGUAUUCAGGUCUAAAAGCGUUGCAGUGUGUGUUUACCCAAAGUGUUUCUCUUUACUUUGCCAGUUGUUACACUCACUGUUCACAUGAAUAAUGUUUUAUCAAAAUAUUUUUGUCCUCGUCUCUUUAUUGUUCAUAUUUAAUAUAAAUAAAUUGCUGGAAACUUU